AUGCAGGACUCCAUGCACGACACCAUGCACGACUCCAUCCAGGACUCCAUGCACGACUCCAUCCAGGAUUCCAUGCAGGACUCCAUGCACGACUCUGCGAUGGACGCCGCGCCAGACCACGAAAGCUCUCCCCCGGCCUCCGCGGACGAAGGCUGCCACGCGAAGUGCCAUGCGAUCAAACAAGCCGGCGCGUGCGCCGCCGUGGAGUUCGCCGCGUGCAAGUGGGAGGACGAGGACGGCGAAGGCGCCGCGUGCUGGAGCAACGUCGGGAACGACCCGUGCCCGACGUCGUACGAUCACCUUCACGAGCACAAGGAUGAGGAGGAGCCCGCGGAGCCUCCCGCCAAGGAGGAGGAGGAGCCCGCGGAGCCUCCCGCCAAGGAGGAGGAGGAGCCCGCGGAGCCUCCCGCCAAGGAGGAGGAGGCGCACGCGGAGCCUCCCGCCAAGGAGGAGGAGGCGCACGCGGAGCCUCCCGCCAAGGAGGAGGAUUACGCGGAGCCUCCCGCCAAGGAGGAGGAUUACGCGGAGCCUCCCGCCAAGGAGGAGGCGCACUCGAUGGACUCGAUGGACUCGAUGGACUCGAUGGACUCGAUGGACUCGAUGGACUCGAUGCACUCGAUGGACUCGAUGGACUCGAUGGACUCGAUGGACUCGAUGCACUCGAUGGACUCGAUGGACUCGAUGGACUCGAUGGACUCGAUGCACUCGAUGGACUCGAUGGACUCGAUGGACUCGAUGGACUCGAUGGACUCGAUGGACUCGAUGCACUCGAUGGAUACAUCUAUCGACGCCGUGGACGCCGCCGCGAAUGUGACCGACGCUGCGGAUACCGCGGGUGCCGCCGCGAAUGUGACCGACGCCGCGGAUACCGCGGGUGCCGCCGCGGAGGAGAAGCCGCCCGAGAACGCAUCCGUGGACUCGUUGGAUUCCCUUUUGGACGGCGUGGACGACGACGUGGAUACCGCGCACGCCGCCGCGAACGCGACCGCCGCGACGGCUCCCGCGACCGCCGCGACGGCUCCCGCGACCGCCGCGACGGCUCCCGCGACCGCCGCGACGGCUCCCGCGAACGCCGCGACGCUCGCGAAGCAAAUGCAGACGUUUCUCACGAUGGAGGGCCUGACCGACCCGGCGGAGCAAAAGGCGUUCGUCCUCUCGCAUGGCGUCCCGGCGGAUAUUCGCAAGUUCCUCGCCACGAACGAGGUCUCCGAGCUCCCCGCGUACGUCCAGUCGCACCACGGCAUCUCGGAUUUAGACGCGUUCGUCGAGCUCGUGGAGAAGCACGAGGGUCACUCCGAUGACGACGACGCCGCAGCCGACACCGCCGUCACCGCCGACGCCGCCGCCGACGCCGACGCAGCCGACACCGCUGAUAAGAAGCAUCCCAGCAAGACUGAACUCCCCGCUGCCGCCGCGGCAGACUUGGACAAGUUGGACGCAGCAAACGCCGAAUUUGACAAGGCGUUUCAGAAGGCGUCGUCGCCGCCGCCGCUGAUAACUCGGUGAACUUGACCAGGAGCCCUAAACCCGGUAACAACUUAUUCACGAUUGAACUAUAUGAACCCUGUAUAUAUAUACACGGGCGGUGUAUACAUCAUGAGUGAUCGGGUCGCCUCGCGAGCGGGCGGCCGAGGAAGUGUUGUCGUGUGCAGUACUCGUCAGACAACGACGAAAAACGUGUCCUCUAAAUAACGAUGUAUUAUUCUGAAAUUGAACAUAAUAUAUUCACGU